UCACUGUCCCCCUGGUUAGGGCGUGUAGCUAGCUGAGCUUUUAGCCGGGGGCCAGCCAAAUCUGUCGUUCUUUCAAAAUUCUGGUGCCCAAUGUUUAACACGCAGUAGAUAUGGAUUUCGAUGCUUUAUUUAACGAAAGAACAUUUCAGUUUUCUGACUUCCAGGAGUUCACGUUUCUUCCUGGACACCAGAAAUUGUCUGAACGAGUGAGAAAGCGUCUGUAUUAUGGCCUUGACAAAGACAUCUCUUUAGACGCCCUCUCUUGUCCUGUUACAGAUAUUGCCGUUGAAAUCUUCCAGAAUUCUGCCCCAAGCCCAAUCCGAAAGCUCCAGAAGAAAUAUGCUGCUCAUGUUGCCAGGGAGGCUUGUAUUUCUCCUUGUGCUAUGAUGCUAGCGUUAGUUUACAUAGAAAGGCUCCGACAUAGAAAUCCUGAAUACCUACAAAAGAUCUCCUCUUCUGACCUCUUUCUGAUCUCCAUGAUGGUUGCCAGCAAAUAUCUGUAUGACGAAGGCGAAGAAGAAGAGGUUUUUAAUGAUGAGUGGGGAGCAGCUGGGCAGCUGGACGUACAAAAUAUCAACAGCCUGGAGAUGGAUUUCUUAAAUGCCAUUGAGUGGAGCCUUUUCACAGAACCAAGUGACUUCUUUGAUAUUCUAAGUCAGCUGGAAUCCAGUAUUGCAGAGAGACAAGGGAUGAAGCGUGGCUGGCUCACAUACACUGACCUCAGUGUCCUCCUGGAGCAGUCUGCAUGGAGACAAAGCCUGAUGGCCAUCUACCAGCACUUUGCCAAGGUGUCCUGCAUGCUCGGUCUGGUCUACCUGACCAGUGUUGCUGGCCUUUUUGCCACCAGCGCUGUCCUGCACCAGCUCAGUGUCUCCAGGAGCAGCCAUGCCUUGUUUCCAGCUGAAGUCAGCGUGGCCCACCUUCAGACCUCCAGCCUGGACCCAGAAGCUCCUGCUGCAGCCCACCACAUCCCCUGUUGUGUUCUGGCCAACAAGAGUCUGAACCGCCACACCGGUGCACUUCACGUUAACCACCACGGGCACAGCGCCCUAGCCGCGUCCUCCCAGAUGUCUAUUCUAUGUCUCUGGGGCUCGCUGCUCGCCUCAGUUGGUCACAUUCACCCUGAAACCACAUCUGAAACCUGGUCUGCUGCCUCGAUCUUGUGUCCUGGUUGUCUCGCAACCCUCGCGCCACUUCAGUGUGGAAUUAGGAACACCUCAGCACUCUUCAGUCAUCACAGUCACCUCGAUACCCAUGAGCACCGCUCACCCUGGGUGCUUGGUGGUGUGGAACAAGGUCUGAACUCUCAACUAGGAGGGCUUUUCCCUGUGCCGCUGGGAACCUGCAGCCCAUCCUCCAUGUUACCACUAGAUAAAGGCAAAAAUCUGCUUGUGCCUGGUUAGAACACAGCGUUGUUCAAUGCUGUCAUCCUGUGGAGAAUAAACCAGCACUGGUACUCUGGCUCCUCUGCAGCUUCAAGUCACAUUUUGUUUUUGUUUUUUUCUCCAUACCUGCUUCGGGUGACUUCAAUAACACAUCACAGGGUGGAAAUGCACUUACACCAUGAAAUAACCUUUGGUUAGUUUGCCAUAAAUAACACAUGAACGUGCUUAAUGACCUGCUUAAUGUUUGACAUUUUACUUGAUGACCCCAGGAAAUAUAAAGCAAUACCCACCCACCCCCGCACCCCCAAGUCAUGAUAUUGGUAGUUACAUGUUGUAACAUUUAUCACUAAGUUCAGGUGUGUGGGAGUUUGUUGCCAUUGGCUUGUGUUGAGUUGCUAUGUCAACACUGUGCAGAUGCUUGUUGCCUAGCGGGUUUAAGAAAGUGUAGAGAUUUAGCAACAUAUCGCAGUUUGGUUUUGCACUGUUUUUGCACUUGAAGUGUACGUGAGAAGGGACUUGACGGGUUACUAUGUGAAGUGUGCUUUUCUCCAUAUUGUGCUUAGUGUUUAAAAUUGGAGGAUUCUUUAAGACAUUUGAAGCUAUAGCACUGCUUUUUGUUAAACCAAAUGACCUCCUUGUUCUUUUAGAGGGAGCCUCUUGAGUGAAAACAGCUAGUUUAAAAGCUGACCGUCUUCAUCCUUCAGUUUAACCAUAGUUGGUGACUGAAUUGGAAAGUGCAACUGUUGAAAUUUAAGCAGGUUUUGUUUUCCUUAUUUACCUUUGUGUCACUAACAGUGGUGGGCACAGUUCCGCUAAGCACUAAUUGUCUAAGUUAACGUUUUUGUUAGCGGAUUAGCUUUUCAGAUAACUUUGAAAACUGUCGGCGGACCAGUUAGCUUCUGAUAAAUUUAAUUCUGAUAACUUUUAGACUAACUUUUUUUUUUGUGGGCAU